UUGUAAUUGAUGUCUGUUAAUAUCCACAUUGAACCCAAUUACCCCCAGGAACGCAUGCUUUUAAGGAUAAAAGAACACGAAGUACAGUCCACGCACUUUCUCUUCCACACCACACCUGUGGUAGGAUUCUACGCCAAAGCGGAAGUAGGUGGACCAGAGUGAGAACCACCACCACCUGUAAGGGGGCGUCUGCCUUUCAAAGCUCCGGCUGAGUUUUUUUGCUCAGAGGGCUUGAAGAUGAAGAAGCAGAAUGUGCGGACCCUGUCUCUCAUCCUCUGUAUGUUUUCCUACCUGCUGGUGGGCGCCGCGGUGUUCGACGCGUUGGAAUCUGAGACCGAGAGCUCCCGCCGACGCAUAUUGGAGCUGAAGCGCACUGAGAUGAAGAAGAAGUACCGCUUCUCGGAGGACGAUUACCGGGAGAUCGAGCGGGUGGUGCUGCAAGCGGAGCCCCACCGCGCCGGGAGACAGUGGAAAUUCGCUGGGUCUUUUUACUUUGCCAUCACGGUCAUCACCACCAUUGGUUAUGGCCAUGCAGCUCCAGGAACAGAUGCAGGGAAGGUAUUUUGCAUGUUCUAUGCCUUGCUAGGCAUCCCUCUCACCCUGGUCAUGUUCCAGAGCCUGGGUGAGAGGAUGAACACGUUUGUCCGCUACCUCCUGCGCAGGGCCAAGCAGUGCCUAGGGUUGAGGAGGACUGAGGUGUCCAUGGAGAACAUGGUCUUGGUGGGCUUCCUGUCCUGCAUUAGCACCCUUUGUGUCGGGGCAGCAGCCUUCUCCCACUACGAGGGUUGGACCUUCUUCCACGCCUACUACUACUGCUUCAUCACGCUCACCACCAUCGGAUUUGGGGACUUUGUGGCCCUACAGAAGAAGGAAGACCUCCAGGAGAAGACACCCUACGUGGCUUUCAGCUUCAUGUACAUCCUGGUGGGGCUGACAGUGAUCGGAGCCUUCCUCAAUCUGGUGGUGCUGCGGUUCCUCACCAUGAACACAGAGGAUGAGAGGAGGGACGCCCAGGAGAGGGCCUCUAUCAAGAGAGAGAGGGGCCUGCUGACAAUAGGGCUCCCUGGGGGAGGAGGAGAACCAGGGCAGAGCAGAGGAGGGCUUGGGAGCAGGGAAAGAGGGGAGGACAGGUUGGGACAAAGCCGCAGUCACAGCAAACUUUUCCUGCCCAUGGAAGAGGGCACCAGCCGCACCAACCUUAUCGCCUCCCCUGCGGAGGAGCAGGAGGAAAGGGACAGGGCCACACCCUGCAGGCAGAGGCUGCACUUACAGCUGCAUGGCACAGGCAGACCAAGGCCCGAGUCCUGCCUGGGCUCCCUGUGUUCCUGUAUGUGUUACCGUCUCGGGGUGACUGACAGCCCUCUGCCUUCCUGCAGCGAGAACCCGGAGUGCCACAUUAACUCUGUCUACUACAACUCCAUUUCCUACAGGAUCCAGGGCCGCUCCCCCAGCCCCAUGGACAACACAGAACUCUCGUCCCCAGGGAGCACGCUCUCACUCAGGCACAGCUUUAAGGAGUACCCCCGUUCCCGGACCAAGUCAGUGUAGCACCACGUGGGACAGGGUCUAUUUGUGGAGGUCUGAUUCAUACAAUAUUUCAUACAUUUAUUUUGAAUACACUACAGAGACAAGAUGUUGUAGCACACAAUAGAAGCGCUAUUGGCAGAGACAAGGAAAUCUGUUUUAUCACAGGAAUUUCAGAACCUCUUUCCCCCUUUAUAAGGAUAACCAUGCAGUAUUUAUUGCAAGGAUGAAUUUAAGUUAUUUCCGCCAGAGAUUCAUCUUCUUAAUCAAUUCACCUACUGUAAUAAUCUUUGAGUCAUUUCUUUAUUCCUUAAUAUCUUUUCUUCUUGGAUAGUUCGUGACCAUUACAUUUUCUUAAAAACACAAGAAACAAAUUAGUGCGGAUAUGCAUGGGGAAAACUACGCACAUUUAAUAAGUAGAUUAUGAAAAGGAUUGUGAUAAAAUUGAUGCAAAUGUAAGGAUUUUGGGGUGUUAUGAAUGUUUAUUUAAAGUUGCUGAUACAUAUCCACACACAAGUAAAAACACACACAAAUACACCCACACAGACACACACACAGACUCACAAAAACAGACACACACUGAAUGAGUCAAGUCCUCAGCAUGUUGGGGGCUGCUCAUUAUGGGGAAGGUACCCUCUAUUGCAUGCCUUUAAUUAAAUAAUGUUUCAAUGAGACGGACACAAGAUCCACGUGGCAAAAGUAGGUUUUCAACGCAAUUCUCUCUAGCUGAUGAAUGGGUACAGAAGCAAUUAUUCGCCAUCUGAAAGCAAGAUGUCAAGUUCAACGAACACACAUCGAUACAGUACCAUUAUUUCAACUAGCCAUUCCACCUGUUUGUUGUAAUGAGGGUUAUCAUGUUAAUAGCACACCUUUCCCUUUUUAAUGCAGUAUGCAGUAGGUUGAUAACAAUAACACUAAAUAAUGUUGUUUCAAUCUUUUUAAACAACAUUCCUAGCUCAUGAAAACAUGGUAAUGGUAUUUUGUUUGAUUAAAACCAGAUUAAAUAAAUGAACCUUAAGUCUAAAUAAUGGGAGCCAGCGACAGAUUUUGGGGGAUUUUGACAUCCGGAUCCGGAAGGUCAUCGUUACUGUGAAACAUUAUCCUGGGAGGGAGUGUAUAAGCAAAUGGUCAUGUCAGAGAAGACCUUACGAUAGCAAUAUUACUUGUCCCUAUAGGAAGAUGUUAAAAGAAAAAACGGCAUACAUUUCCCUGCUCCAAUGCAUCCUCCAGGUACUGAGAUGUGUGUUAUGUAUUAAUUCAUUUAAUGGAUGUAGCCUGAUACUGUAUGUAGCAAGACCUUUCAGAUCUGUAGGACUAUUUCCAUGUUCUAGAAGCCUUUAAUCCAUGUUCUUUUUAUAGUUGAUGAGACAAAUGUUGCUUUUAUCACAGCUUUCAUUGCAAUUUGAAUAUGGUUUGGUCUCAACCUACCAAUGCCCUGUCCUGAUUUUGACAAUAUAUUGAAGAGGUGAGGGGACCAUUAACAAAUAAAAACAGUGCUUAUAAUACAAAAUGUUGUACCUCCAGUCUUAAAGGCCAAAUGCCUCAGUCACCUGUCUUAUGGCAUAGCUGUAUAAUACUGUAUAAUGGGGAGGAGUUGGUAUUCGAAGACUUGGUCUCUAUUGGUUCACCUGUCUUUAUAAAUUGGUUGUUAGUUUUUUGCUCUUUGAAUGCUUAAAAAUUCUGUGAA